CCGGAAUAAUGCACACGUACACUUUACCAAUACACAGUCCCACCUCGCUGCUUGGCAUCUUUCGAGUCAUUCGUCCUCCCACAGGAUAAAGACAUAGACAUGGACUCCAUCGACUGGAGCUCCGGUCCUAAGCAGGCCAGUGGCCAGCCAGAGCCCAUCCCUGUCAGGCAGUUCACUACGUGGGUAACUUUCAAUGAAGACACUGAGCCCAUGGCAUCAAUCCAGCCCCCGGGACAACAAUCUCAUAUAAAACUGGACACUUUCAGCCAUUUCCAUGAUACCAACAGAAACCUAGUUGGCCUUUCCUCUUGGAGUCAGAGUGAACAACAAAAUGGUAGCUGUGAGCAUCAUCUCUUGGACUUCACAACAGGUUCUACGACAAGCAACUUUGAACCAGUUGUUUACAACAGCAACCCAUACACAAAGAAGAACCCAUUCUUUGAUGAGGAAUUAAAUGACAUCAAACCCUCCUCAUUUAACCCCUUCAGCUCUUAUUUUGAUCAUGGACAGGGAGUGACUUCAUGGGUCCAAGGUAAUAGCUGUCAUCAGGAGAGUUCUCCCUUCAGCUUGCUUACUCCCCAACUACAUGAUGCCCAAGUCAAGCAGGAGUCUGAUUUGCUCUUGUCCAAGCUCCAACAUUCUGAGGAGGGGGGUAAAAGAGAUGAGGCUGUGGAAGUCCAUGACAAUCCUCAGAAUAACAAACUGGACUUAGACCAGCUAAGGAACCUACAGAUCUCUGAUCCAGAUGACCCAGGGAGUUACUUGGACACAGUGGAUGAAGACAAGGUGGAAGAAGAGGAGGGAUUAGAGAUGUUGGAGAACCCCUACCAACCUAAUCACAUGACUGCUCAGGACGGCUGGCCAAUGCUCCUCCGCAUUCCAGAGAAAAAAAACAUCAUGUCAUCUCGUCAUUGGGGGCCCAUCUAUGUCCGGCUGUUUGAUGAGGGGCUUCUGCAACUUUUCUAUGAACGGGGGCUGGAAAAACCCUUCCGGACCAUUCGCCUGUAUCCUCACUAUGAAGUCUCUGAGCACAGGCUCCAAAGCUACAAGGACACUGGCAGGCUCCACACCAUCAGUAUGGAGCUUGUCCAAUACCGUGAGAAGCGACGUAUCCAACCGAAGUUGAUGGCACAACAGCCAGUUCGAGAGCAGCUGGUCAAGCUUGCCACUACAAGUUAUCAAGACUACCUGAGCUUCAGGUACUCAUUGGUUGAGCUGCUAAGGCGUUUGCCAUCUAACACUGCAGAGUCAGGUUCACCUGGGACAAUUUCACCAACAGGGGGCGGACACUUAGAGGAGGAAAUCCAGGUGGAGGUGAAGGAUGAAUUUUAUGGGACUGUUGCAGAGGGAGAUGGGAGGAUUUCGAAGCAGCUGGUGAUCACACAAGUCCAUGUGCUCGCUUUGUUCUCAGGAUUCCUGAGAUGCCAACUCGGACUGAAUGAUGUUCAAGUCAAAGGGAAAGAGGUGGUUUCCAGACAUGACAUUAUUCCUAACACCACCUCUCACUGGAUCCGACUCCACAACCCUGAACUGAAUGAGGAGCACGUAAACAAGCCGGACUUUCUCUCUUCUCGUACCAUUUCAUUCACCCCAACACCUUACCGACGCUUUGAGCUGUUGCGUUUCCGCACAACUUUUGCUGAGAAGACCCUGCCCUUCAUGGUUCGCACGGUUGCCUCCAUCAGUUGUGCAGAAGUCACCAUCCAGUCCUGGCUGCUGAUGUCGCAAGGCUUCUCAUCCAACCGGAAUGCAUUGAAUGUGAUCCCCUGUGAGAAUGUGAUGGUGCGGUAUCCCAUUCCUGAGAUCUGGGCAAAGAACUUCCACCAAGAAGGGACAAUGGGGGAGAAAUUACUAAAAGCCAGAUUUAAUAAGGGUGCAAGCUUUGGCACAACAAGCAUGUCUGGAUCGGAGCCAGCCCUGAGAGUAACACUGGGGACAGCAAAGUACGAACAAGCCUUUAAAGCUGUGGUUUGGAGGAUAAACCAUCUUCCAGACAAAAAUUCUGCAUUAAGUCAUCCACAUACCUUCUUCUGUCACUUGGAGCUGGGCUCAGACAGGGAGGUGCCGGAAUCAUUACAACGCCAUCUAGAGGUGGAGUUUGACAUGCCAGCAGCGUCAGCCUCAAAGGCCACUGUGCGAUCACUGUCCGUGGGUGAGAGGACAGAUAUCAAGAAGUGGAUCAACUACAAAUCGCACUACUUUUACCAGGUGCCCAUAGAGCAGAAGCGAGAUGGGAAAGGGGGCACUGCUGAGCAGCCUGGACAAUGUGCACAGCAGUGAAAACCACUGGACUGAUGUGCUGACCACCACUGGACAUCUGCUGUUUUUCUCAAGAGGAGGCAAAGCAGGGAAUAACACUUUUUGCACUUUUUGACCAUGGAUGGGAGGAUAUAUCUGGAGACAGCAUGGGGAAAAGCCUGGAGUUUAGUCACAGGUUUCUUGCUUGAUCUUUAUCUUUAGUUUGCUGAUGAAUGAACUGACUUAUCUUUUGGAUGGACAGAUGCCUUUUGUGUAUUUUGAUGAACUUCCUGGGUUAAAACUGGCCCAAAAAUGAACUGUACCUGCUGUAUGGCAAAGCAAAUUGAGACAAACCUUCCCAGGAGAAGAGAAACGUGCGAAUGUGCACUCUAUUUGGUGUGGUUAUAUGAACGACAGCUUUUAUAAGUCUUAUUCCAGUGUUCCUGUUCUUUUCAAGAGAAAGUGAUACGGGUGAAAUCCAAAGGCCUUUAGUCUUGAUGUGAUAGUUACUGACGGGGUGAGAUACUGACACCAACUGUGCUGAUAUUUUUGUCUUCAGCAAGUUUUAUAUCUAUGUUUUGUGCAUUUCAAUACACAGUGGUUGACAUCUAUAAUCAACAUACAGACAAAAAAAAAAAAAAAAAAAAAAAAAACUCUUUCAUGCUUUCAUGCUGAGAUCCUACGUGUUGGCUUUUGGCCAGGAGCUGUUACCAAAAAGUUGUAUGUACAGGAUUAUGUUGUAUAUCUCCUCUACUGGCUAGGGACGUUUGGCAGAGCUUCAGAAUAUUCCACAUUGUGAUAUCUUAAACAUGAAAAAAUAACAGGAUAUUUGUCUUGGUCACCCUGAAAUUUUUGAAUUGAUUAUUGUAAUUUCAAACAUGUACAAUUCCAGAGAAAUCUUUAUGGAAUCUCAAUUCCAAAAACAAAAAGGUAAAUUGCUAAAUUGUGAGGCGUAACUAACUCUUAAAUUUGAAUUUGAUAUUGUUGUUUUUUCUUGGUGGUUCAUAUCAGUGAGCUAAUCUCCAGUUACAUAUGAUAUUGUGCAAUUCCUCCAGUUAUGUUGAAAUCUCUCUUUCUAUGAAACCACAAUGAAAAUAGUUUAUUGAGACCCCUUGCAAAUUAAUGCAGGUCACACACAGACUACUGCAUAAUUGUUGUUAGAACAAAUCUCACAGUUUUUAAUUAUCAAGUCACAAAACAAUUCUAAAACUCAGCAAUUGUGGAAUAUUAUGUCACAAAUGUGAAAAAAGUCAGAAUUUGAGAUCUUAAGUCACGCUUGUCAGGAAAAAAACUCACGAUGCUGAGGUAUUACAUCACAAUUGAAUAAAUGUCAAAGUUCAGCCAUUUUUCCCAUGUUGAACAACAAGGCUUCCAUAAGCACUGCAUACAUGUUAAAACAAACAUCUCACAAUUUUACACUGAUUUUUAAUUUUUUAAUUUUUUUUAUUUUGAACUUUUAUAUCACAAUCCCAUAACUGUGAGAUAUUAAGUCACAACUGUGAGG